AUGUUGGCAGCAUCAAAUGUUAGCAAGGACAUGAUAAAGGCCAUUGAAGAAAAUUUAAUUCCAGCUGGUACAAAAGAUGCCAUUGAAUCAGCUGUUGGAGCAGGUAUCUACUCAAAUGCAACUCAACACUUUCGAGUGGGACUGCAAGUCUACUUCAUUGCAGAUGGAGUGUUAAAGUCAUUUGAGGUUUUUUGUUUGUUAUGUGCACUGAAUCAUCAAUGGCAGUUUAGAUCAUCAGGAUUUCUUAUGCAGGAAAUAAGGAGUUUGAAUUCGGGAGGGCACAGUACAAGUAGCUCUGAAACUGGAUCACGGACUGGAAUUACAACUACAAUGGUAUUUUUGAAGUUUAAUUUCCAUAUGCAGAUUUAAGAAGUUUUAUGUUUGCUGCAAUUGAUAGACUCACUAUACAUUCAAUUAAUUGAGAAAUCUCUCUGCUGUGUGCUGCACCAUUUACGCAUGGUUUCUUUUAAAAAGGUGGAAUGUCUAUGCAUAUUUUCUCAUAGCAAUAUAAUCUGAUUGGUUGAAUAAAUCUCUUCUUAUUGGUAGAAUUAAUUUUUCUGAGGUUGAUGUAAAAAUGUAGUUUUAUAUCCCUUAAAUGUCAAAACCAUGA